GUUGGAAGACACCCUCUAGCAGUUGCUUUGAUUCGCGGUGUCAGAGAGAGACAGCCGAACCUCCUAUAGAACACAAUGCUGCUGCGUGUAAUUGGUGGCGGUGCCACUAAUCUCUGGGUAGAUGUCGAGAGUAAACGUUUAGUAUUUUACAAUUAAGUAAAAUUUUGCUCUGCAGACAUCAAGAGGAGUUAAGAUUACACGGUAGUAACUAAUUUUAUUUAUUAUUUAAAUACAUGAACCCUGAAAACGAAACGUUUGCAUCACCGCAUAGUAUUCUGUUAAAUUUUCUGAGCAGAAAAAGAAGUAUGUGGCAGUAAGGAAGAUCCAGUAAGGAAGAUGACCGAUAAUUAAUUUAGCAGAUGGUUUCAUGAGUUAGAUUCCUCGUUUACAAAAUUGCAGUGUCCAAACCCAUGCUCGAUAAAACAAACAGGAAAUUUAGAAUCUAAAAAUUCUGUUGAGGUUAAUUAUGAAGGCAACCUAUCUAUGUAGGAUAUACUCCCCUUUUAUGAACGCGAAGGUUUUGAUCCUGAUUUCUUGAAACUGGACAAAACAAUCAUGUGAAACAACGGAAGGUAAAAUUGAAGCCACUCAAACGCUAUGAUAAACCACCUUAAUACCACAACAUCAUUUUCAACAUUUCUUUCGUGACUUCACAAUGAAGAGUUGCAUAUACAAAGCAGCACUUAAACUCAAGAAUGUGUUGAUCUUAACGUGCUUCGGCUUAGUUGUGAUUCCAGUCACCAGAGGGUGCAGACUGACAGAAUACUACUGUAACAACGGGAACUGUAUUCCACCUAGCCGUUUCUGUGACGGAACAGAUGAUUGCGGCGAUGGAAGUGAUGAGCCUGCAGGAUGUACAAACUGCAACAGGACUUACUAUGGGCAUGUCGGCACAAAGUUUCCAUUGCGAAUCACAAAACCUUUCCAACAAUCAUUUCCGUACGUGUGCACAAUUACAUUUGUAGCAGAAGGGGGAGAGUUUGGAGACAUCGUAGAAAUUUCUUUUCUUUCUUUUCAGCUCGGAUCUUUCCAGUUAGAUGGGAGAAAUAAAUGGACUUGUCAAGAUGGUUCUAUGUACAUUGUUGAACAAGAAAGAACCAAACCAAGAUCACCCUUUGCAUCUCUUUCAUUUAGCCACGAUCACGCAUCUAGAUAUGGAUCGUUUUGUGGCAAAAUGUCUGGUCGAAGACCUACUUUUUAUAGCACUACUAGGACUUUGGUGGUGACAGUUGUUUUUCCCCAGAUUUUCUCUCCCUACCUUCCAAUUCCCAGCGUGUUUCUCACCUAUCGGUUCCAUCGAAAGUCUCUUAGCUUAUUGAAUGACGACGCAGAAGUAGGAUUCACUGAGGGUAUAAGGCCUUCAAGUGGAACUUGUGAUAGAACUUUCAGUGACUGUCACUCUCGAAAGUGUUUAAUUCGCUCACCAAAUUUUCCCGGAUUUUAUCUGAGAAACAUUACGUGUAACUACUGGAUAGACCAGAAUUACGCCCCCUAUGGUGAAUAUGCUCAGAUUGAGAUUUCUCAACCGAGUGAAUUCAAAAUUGACAUAGGUAGCGUAUUUUCUAGUACAAGAAAUAUAAUCCACCGUCAGUUGACCACCACAUGUCCAGGCGACAUUGUCCGCGUAUACGACGGGAGGACAGUAUCCGCUCCCUUGCUGAUAGAAUUUUGUGGAACAGGGUCCGUCCCAAAAAUAGUCACCAGUGGCGCUACAGCUCUGGUCCAGCUUCUUAGUCAUCCAUACCAACCACUUCGUAGAUCUCUUCUUGAACUUAGUGUUUCGGUGAGAUUUCGUCCCGAUUCAGAGUUUAGGGCUAAGAGAGGAAAGUGUGAAUUCUAUCUAUAUGGAAACCAAAAAAGCAGUGGUUCUAUAUACAACCCCCAUCACACUCUUGCCACAAAUACAACUUGUACUUUUAACUUUAUUGGUAAAGUACCUUUUGCCAAAGUAUGGCUAUAUUUUGUUUCAUUUUAUAUCCCCGAUUCUCAAGUAUGGUCAAAAGAAGAAAAGUGUGAUGUGGCAAAACUUCAAGUUUACGACCCAUUUGCUAAUGAUCAAUAUAGGGACCACCAGUUAGAAGAAUUUGGGUUUGGCGGUUUGAUUAGCACCUAUUGUGAAAAAUCAUAUCCUCGCAUGUGCACUCAUGCUCGCGAUACUCCUGACCUAGUUCCUCUCCGUCCUUGUCGAGUUCCGGAAGAGAGCUAUCUAUCAGCUGGCUCUGAGAUGAGCGUUAUGUUUACCAUCUACGAACACUCCAAACUUAAGUUUGUUUCAAGUACGUUUCUUGCCAGGUAUGAGUUUAUUGAUACCGAGCAAGACGGCUAUCCUGUCAACGGAGCGCGUUGUGAUCGACGCUUCAUCAGCAGAAUAACCGCUAGGGGAAAAGUGCGAUCACCAGGCAAUCUGUUUUUUUACGGUAGAGGUGGGAAUUCUAACCUGCGAUGUUUAUUCUAUUUCGAAGGACUACCAGGAGAAAAAGUUCGAAUUACUAUUCAAAACAUGUCGUUAGGAAGAGAAAAUGAAGGAUGCAUUACGCACUUUGAUUCUGUAAGCAGACGUUACAUGUGUCAAUUCAGUGGGUCUUCUACUAGGUAUGGACUUAUUAACACAACAGAGAAAAGUGGAGGACUAGACAUAACAGGAGAUUGUGUGUGUGGUUCCAGUUCUCUGAUACCUUCCACUCUUAUACUAGAAUCGGUAGAUAAUGUAAUGCUACUGUCCUUUAUAGUGGAACGAAUGUCCACUGAAGAUGACUUUAAGGAUUAUUACUUCUCAGGAAUGUACGAGUUCAUUACCCGUGAUUAUUGUGCCAAUCGGGAAACUCUCCAUGGACCUGCUGGUGAUGUCUCUUUAAAUGUUCCUUCUGUUGCUCUACUAAAUUAUCUACCAUACAGAUGUAGAUGGGUUAUAGUAGCGCAAUUACAAAGGUUCUUAUAUUUUUUCACUGAGGGUAGCUUAGGUGAUAAAAGUUGCUAUGGAAACAGGCUUUUAAUUUACAGUAAAUUUCACAACAAUCCAAUAAAGAUCAUUUGCGUUGAGAAGCCUAGCCAUUUUCAAGAAAAGAUUGAGGUGUUAAGUCCUCUUUGGAGAUCGGAAUAUUACGUACUAAACCAUUCUGAAGUUGAUCAGUUGGUGAUUGAAGGAGUUUUCGUCACAGGUGGUGAGAUUUCCUUUAGUUGGCUAGAAGUGUUAAAGCCUUAUAUAAAGUCUAGUUCAGGAAAGUUAGUAAGGAACACCAAUUGCCAAAAUGAAUGCCCUGAGCUUCAAGUGUGCAUUAGUAGUGACCUCUGGUGUGAUGGAACAAUUCAUUGUCCGUCUGGAUGUGAUGAAGUGCCUGAUAAUUGCUAUUCUUUUCCAACUUUGUACGUUGCUAUAGGGGUUAGUGUGAGUGUGAUAUUAGCGUUUGUCGCGUGUUUGGUGAUUGUUACGAGGGUAUGUAAUCAAAAUCGAAGAAAAGGCACUCAACCAGUACCGACAGAAGAGGUUCAAAUGGAGACAACAAUAGGCUGAGUAGUUUGCAUAAUUGUAACUGAAACAUUUAUUAUUGGAAGUUCAAUGUUAGGUUUCAGUGUUAGUGUGACUGAAAAAUUAUUAUUCUUUCCCGAACAAACGUCAAACUUCAAUAAUUCUAAUGAGCUUUACUUAGUUAAUCGUUUGUACUUUAAGUGAACACCUGAUUCGGGUUUAAAGAAAACUAUUUCACUGGUUGUUCAGGUUAUGUUAGAGUUAUUGUUCUUCAUUUAAUACACUUGCUUCUCAAUGUUAUAUACUCUAAGUCCAGUUCAAGUACGAUAUGUGAGUGAAAACUAGAUAUUUUUUAUAUAUUUAUAUUCAUCGUGUUCUGUGACGACAACAACUAACCUGCUUUUCACGGACUUCAGCAAAGGCCACUAUGUAUAUUACAUGUUAUGCGUAGUGUAUAAAAUACGGCUUUGAUUAUAGCUCAUGUUAUUUGAUAUAUGUUAUAUGCUAUAUACAGCAAAGGGACUAAGUCAUUGAUCAUAUUUUUCGUUGUAUCUUACAUCAAAUUUAAGGCCUACUGGUUAAUGAGUUCAUGCUUGCCCAUUCAGUCGUAGGGUUGUUAUAAUGUGUCAAUUCCACAUUUCAAUGAUAAAAGAGUAGCCUAAAAGUUGGCGAUGAGUGAUGUUGAC